GCAGGUAUUGUCCAAGGCUGUCUAGCACUUGGCAGACAGCGAUUCCCCCUGGAACAACUUUUUCAACAACUCUUCCUUCGCCUCAAAAGCAUUGGCUCUUUUUCCAUCUAGAAUUAAAGCAUACGACUAUCUUACACUUCAGCCGUAUCUCCCUCCAACAUGCACGCUAUCAAAUCGAUAUUUAUUUUGUUGACUCUUAAGUUUGCACUGGUUUCCGCUUGUGAUAUUAACUAUCGACAUACUUGCGAACUCCAUGAUGAUAGACCUGGACCGCGUGAAAGCCCUAUCGUACUUCGUGAGAGUUUUUUCCGCAUCUCAGGGUUGCAACUGACCGGGGUGAAAUUUGAUUGUCUGACUGCUGAUCUUGAUGUGAUCUGCAAGGCGCGACCGAUGAUCCCUGCCGGUGCCCGGAGAGAUCAAAAGGGGCAGAGAGGUGUCAGGGAUUUUCUGCACCUCAGGAUAGAAGUAGAGGCUCAAGCUUUUCGCAAUGGUGAACCCAAUAACUACAGGUAUCACAAUGAGUUUUCAGGAGUGUGCGUUGUCGGAUUGGGCUGGCUUGCCGCUUGGGCUAUCGAACUGGAUGGGAGUGGCAUGGUCGUCCUGAUAAGCUCGGCAGAUUGGAGGUAUGAGGAUAUAUCUAACACCUCCCGCCUCUCAUUGUUUUGCGCGAGCGUCUCAUCUUAUCGAUUACUCUUACAAUCAAACAAGUAUGUAAAGCACAGGCAUAUCCAAACUUACCGCGCUCCUCCUACAUCCACAAAACUACAUAAAUACACAGCCUGGUACUUCCACAUGAUUGCAUGCGUUGAUUGGCGUAAGGCUGAAGAGGCUUAA